UCUCACGCCUCCCCUCUCAGUCUUCUCUCGCUAAAAACCAAGCCCUCGUUUCUCUUUUCUACUCUAUACGCCUAUUCACAUCUCUCUCUCUCUCUCUCUCUCUCUCUAGGAACAAGUCCAAGGGAAUAUUAAGAUGCACGCAUACACAAUUCCAUUCAACCAUCUACUAAUCUCUAAUAAUAUUUCUCUCUAUAUAUAUAAAUAUAUAUUCACGCACACUCACCUGCACCAUUAUUCAUUUCCUUCAAAUCAAUAUCUCACCUCCCCACAAAGACCAAGCUAAAGUUACGUUAUCGAAUACAAAUUUUCUGUCUUACUUUAUGCUUAACUAAACCUUUUAACGCGACGUUCUCAAAUCUCAAAUCUCAAAUCUCAAAUCUUACAUCCGUGUCUGAGCCAUUUUGUUGUGCUUUAUAUCUGAGGAUUAUUAUUAUGAGCAAAUGGGCAUCAUCAAAUACUUCAAUCUUCAAAUGAUACCUUGGUGUUUCCACUUAAUGGGAAACCAUGUCUCUUGCAUGCAACUCCAGCCAGAGCCAGAACCAAAGCCAUCAUCACUACCAGUUGGCUCUAUAAAGCUUAUCAAAUCAGAUGGUCUAGUCAAGAUCUACCACCGACCUAUCCAUGCUUCAGAGCUCAUGGUAGAGUUUCCAAAGCACUUAGUGUGCCGCUCAGAUUCAAUUUACAUAGGCCAGAAGAUCCCAGCUCUUUCAGAUAACGAUGAGCUUCAGCCAGGCCACAAGUACUUUCUUCUUCCAAAGCAUUUCUUCCAAUCUGUUCUAUCAUUCGUGACCAUAGCUUCCUUUGCCUCCUCCUCUCAUCAACAAGAAUCAUCUUCGUCUCCAUUGAUCUCUAAAGACUCAAGAAAUGCAUUUCUAAAGAAAGCAGCCACUUGCCAACCUUUUGAUAUACAAAAAACCACAUCUGGGUGUCUGAGGAUACGCGUUUCGGAUGAGUUCAUAUCACAAUUGUUGGAAGAAGGGAAGAUGAGAGAAGAGAAUGAGGAAAAAAGCGAGAGCUCAAGUAAAGCUACUGCUAAGAGUGUAGUAUGCACUACGCCUCAAUUGCAAAAGGAGUAUCAGCAGCUUGUUGGGUCACGUUUGUGGAAGCCGAAGCUUGAAACCAUAAAGGAGAAAGAGAAGAGAAAACUGUCUUCAUUCGGGAUAAAGAGAAGGAAGAAAUCGCAACCAAAAGGGCCUCAAAAGACUCUCAGAUCAGAACACCACCUUCAUGUAACUUGUACCAAGCCUCCUUCAAAGGCCAAGAUCAAGAUUAAAUCAAGAAAAUGAUUAUAUAUAAAAUACAAGCCCUUUUAGUUCUUACUUUUUUUCUUUUUUCUUUUUUCUUUUUUGCUUUUUGGUCUUUUUGGGCUUUUAUGGGACCUGAGUAUUCUGUAAAACUUGGUUUAGUGUAGAUACAAGAACUAACUCAAUUAAAUGUGAAAUGCAAUUUCUAUCU